GCAACUCUUCACACUACACUCCCGAGCACUAAAAACAAACGGACGCUAGGGGAUCUUCAUGACGGCACUUCGCUGAUCUCUUCCCUUUUACGCAUUUAUUUAUUUUCUUUCUUUCUUUCAUUCGUUUAUCCCUCGACUCGAUUGUUCGAUGCGCUGAUUCUAUUGAGCAACUUGUUUCUGCCCUCCCGCGUUCCUCUUCUGGAGAGAACACUCGAGUUUUCAUAUAAUAAUGUCCUAUCCUCAGGGUUACCUCUACCAGCCCCCGGGCUCUCUGGCGCUCUACUCGUGUCCGCUGGCCGCCCCGCGGAGUGAGGAGCUGGCCCGGUCCUCCUCCGGUUCAGCGUUCAGCCCGUACCCCGGAUCAGCUGCAUUCGCAGCCUCCGCCAAUGGAUUCUCCAGCCCUCUGCCCUAUUCAACAGAUCCGGCCACGGGAUUCCCGUCCUACAUGGGAUCUCCGUAUGACGCGCACACUACGGGGAUGGCAGGAGCGAUAAGUUAUCACCCGUACGGGAGUCCCGGUUACCCGUACCAGCUCAAUGAUCCCGCUUACCGAAAAAACGCUACGCGUGAUGCGACAGCAACGUUAAAAGCGUGGCUUCAGGAGCACAGGAAAAACCCUUAUCCCACAAAAGGAGAAAAGAUCAUGCUGGCCAUUAUUACCAAAAUGACCCUCACACAAGUGUCAACCUGGUUCGCUAAUGCCAGACGGAGACUCAAGAAGGAGAACAAAAUGACAUGGGCACCUCGGAAUAAGAGUGAAGAUGAGGAUGAAGAUGACGGGGAGGGACAGAGAAAAGAUGAACGCACGGAUAAAAUCACGGACAACAGCGAGGCGUCUGCGGACGAUGAAGGCAUCAGUUUGCAUGUUGAUGCCCUGACAGAUCACUCCUGCUCAGUAGAAUCGGACGGGGAGAAGGUCACGUGUAGGACCGGGGACCUGGUUUGUGAUUCCGGACCUGAUACCAAGGACAAAUGCGACGGGAGUGAUGUUGACACGGGCCAUGAGGAGAGGCAAAGGGGCAUGUCACCCAAGCCUGUGACAUCCUCUCCACUGACUGGGUUGGAGGCCCCGCUCUUGACCCACCAUCGCCGAGAGGACACCCGAAACAACGUCAACAAAACAUGCCUGGACAGUCAGAACCAAACCGUCAAACCUAAACUAUGGUCAUUAGCCGAAAUCGCCACUUCGGACCCAAAGCAGCAGCAGCAGCAGCACUUGGUGCAGAACUGUCCCCCGGGCGUUGGCCUUUUGACCUCGACGGCGCCCAGCGCGUCCCCGGCGGGCGCUGUGUACUCCGCCACCUCCAUAUUAGGAAGGCCUCUUUAUUACGCCUCUCCGUUUUAUAGUAAUUACACAAACUAUGGUAACUUUAGCCCACUGCAGGGCCAAGGGAUUCUGCGUUAUAAUUCAGCUGCUGAGGGACUUCUGCACAAACAGACUGGCGACCCCCUAAUAAAGACUAAUCCAAACCAGACUGAACUACAUUUCAGGGCCCCCAACGCAGAAUCCAAAAAAGAUCCCACCGAUGUGUUCACACUAAGACCCCAGUCUUACCUCUCGAGUUAAAGGAAGACCCUUCAAAUAGGUGUCACAAUUGCUACGAACAAAGCGAACAAGCCAUCUCCUCUCUCUCUCCUCAAGCUGUUUUAAACUAGCGUUUGCUCUUUACGCGGAUCCUUUUGUGUGCCCCUGUACAGCCACGGACUACAGAGCACCUGCCUAUAGACAUUAUAAACCUACAAGUUAAGAUUAUAGAAAAGAAAAGCAAGAAAAGAAAAGAAAAAAGAAAAGGACAAAGAGGACCAACAAAAAAAGGCACAAUAGCCAAUUUGAUAUGGAUUUAUUGAUGAAGUACUUUAUCCCAACAUAUGUGACUUCAAUGAGGAACAUUAUUUCUCAGGAUCCUUUUAGUAGCUUCAUUGCCACCGGUUGUAUACAUGAGUGGGACAUUAUAUGCCUCCUAUAAGACUUAAUCUGCUAGAAGUGUGAAGUGUACACGAGAACUCGGGACUGGUAUAAACUUGAUUAAGAGUGGAAUACAUUUGAUAUUUAUUUUUGUAAUGACGGCGAAAGCCUAUAAUUUAUGCAAGUUGUAUUGCAAUGGGAACUGAACAUUGUUUUGUAAAUAAAUUAUGAUUGGUUUUUAUUUAAAAAAAAAAAAAAAAAAGCCGAAGUUACACAAUGUUGUUAACAAGAAGACUUUUACUAAUUUAUAUCUCUGAUUGUAAAUAAAACGUGCUAGUCUGCACUGGCACAAUUAGA